GAGAGAGAGAGCGAAAGCGGAAAACUUCAGCUGAUCUCUCCUCAUAUGGUUGUUGUUUGAACCUGAACUCUUUACCAUGAAGCACAAGAAGUGGAUAUCGAUCAUCGGAAGUAUUGACAGCUCGACCGAUAAUCGAUUAGAUUGAUAGGUUUACAGUUAUAAAGCACAGUUUGUGUGUUGUUACAGAGGUCGAGUCAAACUUCCACCUUUAAACACGUUUGCUCGGAGACCAGCGCGUUAUGACGAGGCUCUACAGACUUCAGAAGAGAAUAUAAACUCGUGAAGGCUCAUUAUAAAGGGAACACCGCCGGGAUUUGAGGGGUUUUAGUGUUCAAAUUUCCCUCCUGUUCCUUUGUGCCGGAGGAAGAGCACGGGCCGCGGCGGGGAGCAGCACCAGGCCGCGGGAUCAGAGGGAGUGAGUGAGUGUGUGGAGAGAUACAGUCCUGCAUGUUUGAAGGAAAAUAAGUGAUUUUAGUCCUAAACUAGAGUUGUAACAAUGGAUCCAUAUUCGGCGUCCGGUGGUGCUCCCAAAAGCGGCAAAGAUAAAGACAAGAAGAGUAAGAAGAGCUAUGAAGAUGGAGAAAGCAAGAAGAAGUUUACUCUCAAACGGCUGAUUCCUGAUGAGCUGGAGCGGUUCACCAGCAUGCGGACGAAGAAGGAGAAAUCGGGCACGGUGGGACACAGACACUCAACAUCCGUACAGUAUGAAGUUCCAUCACAGACGCAGUCACUGCACGAACACUCGGAUGACUAUGUGCUGGAGCUCUUCGAGCAGAUGCUGGUUGAUAUGAAUCUGAAUGAGGAAAAGCAGCAGCCGCUCAGACAGAAGGAUAUCUCCAUUAAGAGAGAGAUGGUGUCUCAAUAUCUGCACACAUCUACUGCUGGUAAGAAUCAGAAGGAGAGCUCCAAGUCAGCGCUGGUGUACAUACAGGAGCUGAAGACCGAUCUGAGAGACACACAGUUACUGAGCUGCCUGGAGUCACUGCGAGUGUCUUUAAACAACAACCCUGUCAGUUGGGUGCAGACCUUCGGAGCUGAGGGUUUGGCUUUACUUCUGAUGUUCCUCAAGAAACUUCAAGAUGAGAGAGAAGAACCUAUGAAUGCUGGGAUUGGUGUGAAAUGUCAGCAUGAGAUCAUUAGAUGUCUGAAAGCAUUCAUGAACAACAAGCACGGUCUGAAAGCCAUGUUGACGUCAGCAGAAGGAAUUCCUCUCCUCGUCAGAUCCAUCAAUCCAAACGUUCCGCACAUGAUGGUUGAUGUAGUGAAACUGCUGUCUGCUAUCUGCAUACUGGAGCACCCAGACAACACUCAUGAGCGUGUGCUGGAGUGCAUCACGGAGCAGGCGGAGGAGCAAGACAUAGAGAGGUUUCAACCGCUGCUCUCCGGCAUGCGCAAAAACAGCAUUGCAUUGAAGGCUGGCUGUAUGCAGUUAAUUAACGCUGUGAUCAGUCGAGUGGAAGAACUGGACUUCAGGAUUCAUCUGAGAUCUGAACUCAUGAGACUCGGACUUAGAGACCUACUGAAGGAGGUGAAGAUGAUUGAAAAUGAGGAGCUGAAAGUUCAGUUUCAGGUCUUUCAAGAGCAGGCCGAUGAUGACUCUGAAGAUCUUCGCUCACGACUGGACGACGUCCGUGUUGAGAUGGAUGAUGUGACUGAAGUCUUUCAGAUGUUGUUGAAUACGGUGAAAGACUCUAAAGCUGAGCCUCUCUUCCUCUCGCUGCUUCAGCACCUGCUACUCGUGAGAAAUGACUACAUGGUUCGGCCUCAAUACUAUAAGCUCAUAGAUGAGUGCACGGCACAGAUAGUUCUGCACCGAAAUGGCUGUGACCCCGACUUUAAAUGCAGGAACCUACAGCUGGACAUCGGCUUUAUGAUUGAUAACAUGGUUGAUCAGACCAAAGUGGAAAUCAGUGAAGCCAAGGCCACAGAGCUGGAGAAGAAGCUGGAUACCGAGUUGACGGCCCGUCAUGAGCUGCAGGUGGAGCUGAAGAAGUUGGAGGCGGAUUAUGAACAGAAAGUUCUUGAUCUGAGCGCAGAGAAAGACGUGCUGGGGAAGGAGAAGAGCGAGAGAGAGAAAGAGAACCAGAACCUGCUGUCACAGAUCAACCAACUCAAAGAGAAGAUUGAGAAGCUCUCGAAAGAUCUAGAAGAAGCCAAGACAAAAGUCAUCACUGUGCAUGUGCCUGUGGCCCUGCCCCCUCCUCCUCCAACCGGCCAAUCAAAUUCAUCAGUGGCGCCACCACCCCAUCCAGGUGAAGCCUGCCUUCUGCCCCCACCUCCUCCUCCCCCUCCUCUACCUGGGCAGACAUCCAUGAUGCCCCCUCCUCCCCCGCCCCCACCUUUACCUGGUGGGCCAUGUAUGCCUCCGCCCCCUCCUCCACCCCCUCUACCCGGGGCACCUGGAAUGCCCCCGCCACCUCCCCCACUUCCUGGGGCACCUGGUAUGCCCCCACCUCCACCUCCUCUACCUGGAAUGCCCGGUAUGCCACCUCCUCCACCCCCUCCACCCGGAAUGCCUGGUAUGCCGCCACCCCCACCUCCGAUGGGCGGUCCUGGAAUGCCGCCGCCUCCUCCAGGAGGUUUUGGUGGAUGGGCACCUCCCGUUCCUCAACUGCCAUAUGGUCUACAGCCAAAGAAAGACUACACACCUGAGGUUCAACUGAAAAGAGCCAAUUGGAGCAAGAUCGCAGCUGAAGAUCUGUCUGAGAAAAGUUUCUGGGUAAAGGCAAAGGAGGAACGCUUCGAGAACAAAGAGCUGUUUGCCAAACUCACUCUCACUUUCUCUACACAAACCAAGGUUAAGAAAGAUCAAGAGGGAUCUGAAGAAAAGAAAACUGCUCAGAAGAAGAAGGUGAAGGAGUUGAAGGUGCUCGACUCCAAAUCCUCCCAGAACCUUUCUAUAUUCCUGGGUUCAAACAGGCUGCCUUAUGAAGAGUUUAAGAAUGUCAUUUUAGAGGUCAAUGAGACACUUCUCACCGAAAAUAUGGUGCAGAGUUUGUUGAAGCUGUUACCGGAACAGGAACAGCUGAACACAUUAUCAGAGAUGAAAGAUGAAUACGAGGAGCUGGCCGAAUCUGAGCAGUUUGGAGUUGUGAUCAGUUCAGUGAAACGUUUGAAGCCUCGUCUCAGUGCAAUCCUCUUCAAGCUUCAGUUUGAGGAGCAGGUGAAUAACGUGAAGCCAGACGUCGUGGCGGUAACGGCGGCAUGCGAGGAGCUCCGUCAGAGUGAGAGUUUUGCCAAACUGCUGGAGAUCACGCUACUGCUGGGAAACUAUAUGAACGCAGGGUCACGGAAUGCUAAAGCCUUUGGAUUCACCAUCAGUUACCUGUGCAAGUUGAGGGAUACUAAAUCAGCCGAUCAGAAACAGACUCUACUGCACUUCAUGGCUGAAAUAUGCCAGGAACAGUACCCAGAGGUCAUGACCUUCCCAGAGGAGCUUAUCCAUGUGGAGAAAGCCAGCAAAGUCUCCGCGGAAACGCUCCAGAAGAAUCUGGAUCAGAUGGAGAAACAGAUUGCAAGCCUGGAGAAGGACAUCGAGACGUUCCCCCCUCCACAGAGCGACAGAGACAAAUUCAUUGAGAAAAUGACCAGUUUUGUGUCGACUGCUCGUGAGCAGUUUGAGAAGCUGAAGUUGAUGCAUGAGAACAUGGAGAAACAGUAUGAAGAUCUGGGCAAAUACUUUGUGUUCAACCCCAAGAAGAUGAGUCCAGAGGAGUUCUUCGGUGACCUCAACAACUUCAGGAACAUGUUCCAGCAAGCGGUGAAAGAGAACCAGAAACGGAAAGAAGCGGAGGAGAAGAUUCGUCGAGCUAAACUGAUGCGAGAGAAAGCCGAGAAAGAGAAAGAAGAGAAACAGAAGAGAAUGAAUGCCAAAAAGAUACCCGACAUCAAUGAUGAUGAUGAGACUGGUAUCAUGGAUGGUCUGUUGGAGGCGCUGCAGUCCGGAGCUGCUUUCAGGAGGAAGAGAGCACCACGAGCAGCCAAUAAUCGGAGAGGAGCUGGUCAGGCCGUGACGAACCUUCUCGCCAAAGAGCUUCUUCAGGAGGACGCCCCGCCCAGAGGCGCCAAAAAGACCCGAUUGGACACUGAGGACAAGAGGGAGGAGUCUCCGGAAGACACAGGCUCACUGGAGGAUUUGUUAGAGGAUAUCCCGUUACGCUCAAAUUAAGCACUUCCUCUUCUGAGCAUGCCUCUUCCUCUUAAACGAUAGAUGUGUUCGGGGACCAAGCAUGCGAGGGCGGGGCUCUUGCUUAACCACACCCCUUUAGUAAGCGUGUAUGACUUCCUAAUGGCUGUCACACUGGAGGAGGUUCCAUCCUUACAAGAGUGAUGUUGUCUUUUCACUGCCCUGAUAAACACUUUAUCGGUUUUUCUUUUCUUUGCAUUGUCUAACACUUUUUCGCUCUUAACGGCAAGUUUCAUGUGUUUCAUAUCUCUGUUCACGCAGAAUUCCAAAGAUUUGUAUACACAUAUUCCAUAAUAAUUUUGUUCUCUCAGCAGGACAGUUCCAUUCCAAAUUCACGCAAACUUUUUUUUUUAUCCCUAUUCAAAACAAGAAUCUCUUUUGCGUUAACUUCCUUUUUUGUUUUGUUCUUGUACAUUGUUUAAAACAUAUAACACGGCUGAAUGUUGAAAAAACACCAAGUGCCAAUAAUGAUGACCCCAGAAAUACAUGGUUCUGUUUUUGCGUACUUAAGGUGUUCUCACUGAGGUUCUGUAGCCCAUCAUAAGAUUUAACGAAGGUCUGGUACCUGCUCACGAAAUUGUUUUUCUGUUUCUGUGCUCUCCUGUUCCUUUGUGUUACAUUUUGUUAUUUUAGUGAAUGAUGUAAUAUAGAUUUCUUGGUAACUUCUCACUGGCUACAGUCCUUGGUCGUUUUUCAUGAAACAUGAGCAGAAAGAAUUUCUGUUUCUAUAGUUUGCGUUAAAUUAAAUAUGACAAUUUAUGAAAAAUUGGUUUUGGAUUGAAUGGAUAAAUAAUUUGUAAAACCAUUCAUACUUAAAUUGUUGCAUUGAAUUAAAUGCAACUAUUUACGAAAAGAUGGUUUUGGAUAGAACCGAUAAAUUGUUUGUUAAACCAUCCUUGCGUAAAUUGUUGCAUCGAAUUAAACGUGACAAUUUACGAAAAAAAUUUUUUAAUAGAUAAGUACUUCUUAAAACCAUUCUUUUGUAAGUUGUUGCAUUUAAUAAAAAAUGACUGAAUAGAAAAAUCAUUUAUAAAACCACAAACUUUUUGAAAACACUUUCUUGUGUGCGUACGCUGCCUUCAUUUUAAAAUGGCACUGUCUAAAUUUUCAUAAAUCUGUUUUAUUGAACGGUCAUCGUGUAGCUCUUGUCUUUCCAGAAAUAAGAUUCCUUUGAAACGCUGUGGUGUGUUUGUGUUGAUAAAGUGCUGUAGUCUUUCUACUGUUUUCUGCACAAUGAAAAUCAAAACUGCUGGCACACGCACACUCUUGUGCACAUGUUCGUUUGUGCAUCUAAGUGGGGGGCUUUUUCUAGCAUCAUUCGCACAAGAUAAACAACAUGUGCAUGUUUUGAUUUUAUCUACAUAUAACAAUUUUGAGGGCUUAAAUAACAUGCUCAGAACCUUGUGCAUGUAUUUAUCCAUCUUAAGGGGGAUAGUUCACCCAGAAAUAAAAAACAAUUGUCAUUUACUUACCCAAAAAGGGUUUCCAAUGACAUGUGGGUGAGUAAAUGAUGACAAAAUUUUCAUUUUUGGGUGAACUGUCCUAUUAAAUGGCUUGAUCAAGCCAAAUCUGUCUAAAAAUAGCACUGCAGGUUUGUCUCUGGUGCUAAACUAUCUAAACCUUCUCGUUAAUUUGUUGAACUUUUGUCGAUUUCAUUGGCAAUUUAUUUAACGUCGACAUAUCACAGACAUAUAUUGUUUUUCAGGACUGUUUUUCAGUCAUCACCAGAGUUGGUAUCAAUGAAUGGUUAAAAACGGUUAAUACCGUGAAAGGUGACCUCGAGUUUCAGCUUUGCAAUAUGACUUACAUGAAUGUGGAUGUUGGCUGAAUGUUUGAGGGUAGAGAUCACUGUUUUAAGCCAUAGCGCGCACUGCGUCUGUCCUGAGAAGUUUCUUCUGGAUUAUUCUAUAGCAAAAUAUAUAUGCAUUUAUGUAACGUGAAAAAGGUGGCAAUGUUUUGGCAAUAAAGUGUCCACACACUGCCCAGACACCAGCACACCUGAAACAUCUCUAGAACGUUCCAGAUUAUUUUAUGGAAGUUACAGAGCCAAAUUUCUAAUUUUCCACAUUUUUGAGAAUUGUGGUGGUCUCCAAUUUAAGCCAACAGAUUCUCCUAAAAGUUUGGUUUGAUCAUUAUGGUGGUUAUGCAACAGUUUCACUUUAUUGGGAAAAGCUGGAGAAUUAUCACUGGAAAAACAGAAGUGCGUGUUUUUGAUUUUUUUAACCGUUUUUCUAUAGCAAUUUUUAUUGGUGAUUUUACUGUAUUAAUAUAGAGAUUGUAUUGGUGAGAUUCGACUGGUCAAAUUGUGUAUAUUGAGUUUGUGACUGUAGAGAUGUUUAUUCUGAUGAUCUCUAAACAAACAUCAUUAAAAUAUAUGAGUCCAUA